AUGGUACAACUAGUCCCCUACAGCACCGCAGACCCCACAAAGAUCGACGCAAUCCGCGCCUUCGUCAUCAAAACCGACCCAACGCUCCCCUCCAACAUGUGGCUGUACCGCUGCACCCUCCAUAGUUGGCCCCAGCUGUGCUUUAUGGCAAUGGACGGAGAAGCAAUCGUCGGGGUUGUGAUAUCGACCGUCCAGAUACACCACAAUAACAUGCUCCGCGGCGGGAUAAUGCUCCUCCUCGUAAGGAAAGACUACAGAAGCUGCGGUCUCGGAAGAAGACUCGUAGCACAGGCCGUAGAGUCCCUCAUUGAUGCUGAUGCCGAUGAGAUCUCGAUAGUCACAAAAACCACCAACACCAACGCCAUUAAGAUCUACGAGCGACUGGGCUUUAUACGCACCAAGCUCUUGCCAAACGGUGGUGGUGGCCAGAGCUGGAGGAUGAUGCUGCUACUGGAGCCGCUGACGGAAGAGCUGUGGGAUUGUAGCUCGGAGGAUUGUGCGGAGGCGUGUGGUUGUGGGUUGUUUUCGGGUAGUGCGGGUAGUCUGAGCUCGUGUAACUCGGGGUGCGAUCAUGAGAAUGGUCAGCAUGAGACUUCUUAUAGGACCACUUAG